UGAGUGGGUCCUUUGCAGCAUGUUGUCGCCAGGAUGCAGCGGUGUGAUCGAGCAGGGCCCGGCGAACACAUCUGCAGUAGGAGCUCCACUUUCAGUGUCCACAGGAGCGAGGUGUGAGACGCCAGGAUGUAAUUUAGGAGUCUUACGGCAGGGGUUACAGGUCUAUUGGAACGAGUUGGAGGUUGGCUGCUUGAUUCACAGCUUCUUUGGCAAUGGAGAGGGAAGGGUUUACAGGCUGCUGCAGUCUAGAUGCCCAAUCUUGGAGAAGCAGGGCCGGGCUAGAGCCUUGUCUUUUAUGUCUCGGUGUCGAGUGGAAGUGGAGCAGCAGUCUCGAUCGUCUGGACAAUUUAUAUUUUAA